GCAGGAGAGUGGCUGCGCCGCGCUCCGGGCAGCGACGAGGUGGAGCGGUGGCAGCCUCCGCCCCCGGCAGGAGCUGGCGAGCGCUGUCACCUGUGGGGGCGCACAAGUUACCUCCCUACACCCCGAAGCCUCGCCGCACCGCCUUCUCCCGAGCCGCGAACACCAUGCUGAUAUUCAUUGAUGGACUCGAAGGAAUCCUUAGGCUCCCCCAGUAAAGAAGAAAUCCCCAGGAGCGUGCUUGUUGGGGAGAGAGGAAAAGUGAUGGACUUCUAUAAAACCCUAAGGGGAGGAGCUACUGUGAAGGUUUCUGCAUCUUCCCCCUCACUGGCUGCUGCUUCUCUGACAGACUCCAAGCAGCAAAGACUUUUGGUUGAUUUUCCAAAAGGCUCAGGAAGCAAUGCGCAGCAGCCAGAUCUGUCCCAGGCUGUUUCCCUCUCCAUGGGACUGUAUAUGGGAGAGACAGAAACAAAAGUGAUGGGAAAUGACCUGGGGUUCCCACAACCGGGCCAAAUCAGCCUCUCCUCUGGGGAAACAGACUUUCGGCUUCUGGAAGAAAGCAUUGCAAACCUCAAUAAGUCGACCAUUGUUCCAGAGAAUCCCAAGAGUGCAGCGUCUGCUACUGUUUCUGUUAACCCCACAGAGAAGGAGUUUCCAAAAACACAACCCGACAUGUCUUCUUCGGAACAGCAAGAUUUGAAGAGCCAGGCUGGCACCAACGGUGGCAAUGUGAAGUUGUAUUCCACAGACCAAAGAGCCUUCGACAUUUUGCAGGAUUUGGAGUUUCCUCCUGGGUCCCCAGGGAAAGAGAUGAACGAGAGCCCCUGGAGACCAGACCUCUUGAUAGAUGAAAACUGUUUGCUUUCUCCUUUGGGAGGAGAGGAUGAUCCAUUCCUUUUGGAAGGAAACUCAAAUGAGGACUGUAAGCCUCUCGUUUUGCCAGAAACUAAACCUAAAAUUAAGGAUAAUGGAGAUCUGAUUUUACCAAGCCCCGGCAGUGUGGCACUGCCCCAGGUGAAGACAGAAAAAGAAGAAGAUUUCAUUGAACUCUGCACCCCUGGAGUAAUUAAGCAGGAGAGACUGGGCCCGGUUUACUGUCAGGAAAGUUUUUCUGGGGCAAACGUAAUUGGUAAUAAAAUGUCUGCCAUUUCUGUGCACGGUGUGAGCACCUCUGGGGGACAGAUGUACCACUAUGACAUGAAUACAGCAUCCCUUUCUCAGCAGCAGGAUCAGAAGCCUGUUUUUAAUGUCAUUCCACCAAUCCCUGUUGGUUCAGAAAAUUGGAAUAGGUGCCAAGGAUCUGGAGAUGACAACUUGACUUCCUUGGGAACUUUGAACUUCCCUGGGCGAUCGGUUUUUUCUAAUGGCUACUCAAGCCCGGGCAUGAGACCAGAUGUCAGCUCUCCUCCUGCAUCCAGCUCAGCAGCAUCAGGGCCACCUCCCAAACUCUGCCUUGUGUGCUCUGACGAAGCUUCAGGAUGUCACUAUGGGGUCUUGACCUGUGGGAGCUGCAAAGUCUUCUUCAAAAGAGCAGUGGAAGGUAGACAGCACAAUUAUCUUUGUGCAGGAAGAAAUGAUUGUAUCAUUGAUAAAAUUCGAAGAAAAAACUGCCCUGCAUGCCGCUAUCGGAAAUGUCUUCAAGCUGGAAUGAACCUGGAAGCUCGAAAAACAAAGAAAAAGAUAAAAGGAAUUCAGCAGGCCACUACAGGGGUCUCACAGGAAACUUCUGAAAAUUCUGCUACCACGACAAUAGUUCCUGCAUCAUUACCACAACUCACCCCUACCCUGGUGUCACUGCUGGAGGUCAUUGAGCCAGAGGUGCUGUAUGCAGGAUAUGAUUGCUCCACCCCAGACUCCACUUGGCGGAUCAUGACCACACUCAACAUGUUAGGUGGGCGACAGGUGAUCGCAGCAGUGAAAUGGGCAAAGGCAAUACCAGGAUUCAGGAACUUACACCUGGAUGACCAAAUGACCCUACUGCAAUAUUCAUGGAUGUUCCUCAUGGCAUUUGCCCUGGGCUGGAGAUCAUACAGACAAUCAAAUGCAAACAUGCUGUGUUUUGCUCCUGAUUUGGUUAUUAACGAGAACAGGAUGAAUCUACCCUGCAUGUAUGAACAAUGUAAACAUAUGCUAUAUGUUUCCUCUGAGUUACAAAGGCUUCAGGUAUCUUAUGAAGAAUAUCUCUGUAUGAAAACAUUACUGCUUCUCUCAUCAGUUCCUAAGGAAGGUUUGAAGAGCCAAGAGCUGUUUGAUGAGAUUAGAAUGACCUACAUCAAAGAGCUGGGGAAAGCCAUUGUCAAGAGGGAAGGGAACUCCAGUCAGAAUUGGCAGCGGUUCUACCAACUGACAAAACUCUUGGACUCCAUGCAUGAGGUAGUUGAAAAUCUCCUUCACUUUUGCUUCCAAACAUUUUUGGAUAAGACCAUGAGUAUUGAAUUCCCAGAGAUGUUAGCUGAAAUCAUCACCAAUCAGUUACCAAAAUAUUCAAGUGGAAAUAUCAAAAAACUUCUGUUUCAUCAAAAGUGACUGCCUUAAUCAGAAAGGUUGCCUUAAAGAAAGUUGACUUUAUAGCUUUUAUUGUACAAACUAUCAUUUAUCCUAUAGCGGUUAUGUUGUUUUAUUUUUUUUGUUUGUUUGUUUAUGUCUGAUGUUUUUGUCUUGUUUUAAACACGCACUACAUGUGGUUUAUAGAGGGCCAAGACUUGGCGACAGAAGCAGUUGAGCCCUUGCUUUUCAGUGAUGGGAACAGUAGGAAGUGAUACUUGGUGGAUCCCGGAAAUGAGAAACAAUGAGGUGGGGUCAUCUCCUUGUUGGAGAAGGAUGGCACUCUAGCCACCAGUGCCCAAAGCCUGCUUAAUGAACUUCCUGCUCAUACUUAUCACAGUUGGCUGGAUAAAAUCUUCUAGACUUUUUGUUGGUGUAUUUGCCCUGUAUAGUUAGGAUAAAAUUUUUUGAUUUAUGCAUGGAAACCUGAAAAAAAAAAGUUUACAAGUGUAUAUCAGAAAAGGGAAGCUGUGCCUUUUAUAGCUAUUGCUGUCUGGUUUUAACCAUUUCCUUUAUAUUCAGUGAACUACGCUUGCUCAUUUUUUCUUACAUAAUUUUUGUAUUCGAGUUAUUGUACAGCUGUUUAAGAUGAUGGGCAACUAGUUCAUAGCUUUCCUAAAUAAACUCUAAACAUUAA